CUCUCGCUGUUCACUGCUGCAUCUCCUCCUCGGACUCAGUGCCACACAUAUCGGGCUUUCGGAAAUAACUGUGAAACAAAAUGGCAGAUCUCGACAAGGUUUUUAUGCAUUGGAUACCGCACAAAGGCAUCUCAUGGCUCAUUCUAGAUCAGAACUACUACCUCAAUAUGAUCUGUAGACCCAUGUGUUUCUGACCCUUCUACUUUCUGUGGAACCUGAUCUGAGUAAAGAGCAGACUGAAAUGGACCCGGCAGAUAUGGAAGAUGUUGAAGAGGUGGAGGAAGAGGAAACUGGGGAAGAUAACAGUAAAGCACGUCAGCUGACGAUGCAGAUGAUGCAAAACCCUCAGAUUCUCGCAGCGCUUCAGGAGAGGUUGGACGGUCUUGUGGGAUCUCCCUCAGGGUACAUGGAGAGCUUACCAAAGGUGGUGAAGCGACGUGUUAAUGCCCUUAAAAACCUCCAGGUCAAAUGUGCCCACAUUGAAGCGAAGUUCUAUGAAGAAGUACACGAACUGGAACGGAAAUACGCAGCGCUGUAUCAGCCUCUCUUUGACAAGCGGAGUGAUAUCGUGAAAGCAACAUACGAACCCACAGAUGAGGAGUGUGAGUGGAAGCAAGAUGAAGAGGAAGAGUUGACCGUAAGUAAGCAGGAGGAAAUGAAAGAAAAGGCUAAAGUUGAGGAAGAGAAGAAAGAUGAGGAGAAGGAAGACCCUAAAGGAAUCCCCGAAUUCUGGCUCACAGUUUUCAAGAACGUCGACCUACUCAGUGAAAUGUUGCAGGAACACGAUGAACCAAUUCUUAAGCACUUACAAGACAUCAAAGUCAAAUUCUCUGAUGCAGGCCAGCCAAUGAGUUUCACAUUAGAGUUCUACUUUGAGCCCAACGAUUUCUUCACACAAACCGUUCUGACCAAGACCUACAAAAUGAGGUCUGAGCCAGAUGAGUCUGAUCCAUUCUCCUUUGACGGACCAGAGAUCAUGGGCUGCACAGGGUGCACGAUCGACUGGAGUAAGGGCAAAAACGUCACAUUGAAAACAAUCAAAAAGAAACAGAAGCACAAGGGUCGUGGUACAGUGAGGACGGUCACCAAGACAGUCCCCAAUGAUUCAUUCUUCAAUUUCUUCUCUCCCCCUGAAGUUCCAGAGAGUGGUGAACUGGAUGAGGACUCUGAGGCCGUGUUAGCUGCAGAUUUUGAGAUCGGUCACUUCAUCCGUGAGCGCAUCGUGCCCAGGGCGGUUCUGUACUUCACAGGGGAAGCUAUUGAAGAUGACGACGAUGAUUAUGAUGAGGAGGGAGAGGAAGCUGAUGAUGAGGAGGGUGAAGAAGAGGCAGAUGAAGAAAACGAUCCAGACUAUGAACCCAAGAAGGAUGCCAACCCCCCAGAGGAGUGCAAACAGCAGUGAUGGCGGUGCCCACUUCCUUCAGGAUCAUCUACACCGUAACGGCUUCAGACAAACAUAGUUACCGCCUUACAAUGUUUUGUAUUUUUCUUGGUAGAAAUAAUUAAAAUAAAUAAAUAAAAGGGUUUCAAGAUUUUUGUUACAAAAAAAACAACCUCAAAUUGGGAGCUCAUGACGCUUAUAAUUUCACUAGACUGGUUUCUUUUUCUCUGUAUAAAUAGUUAUAAUGCAGAAAAUACCUUAAAGCAUGACAUUGGUUUCUUUACUGCUAAACUGUUUGGGUUCUCGUAAAGUCUUUUGUAUUGCUCUUAGACAACAGCUGUGGAAAGACUGUCCAGAGCGAAAAAGGUUUACACGAAAAUGUUCACGAUACAUGUCCUGUGUGAUUCCUUUAUGCUUUGUGCAACCAAAGCGGCGGCAUCUUUGCAACGCGGACUGACGUUUGUCCCAGCAGGGUGGCACGAAUGUGCUUUUAUUUAGUUGAAACCCGUAACUGCCCCUGAUGCAAAGCAGGGCUGAUUCUCCAUUAACAUUCCUAAAAGCUGCUUUUUCUUUUUUUUUUUUUUUUUUCUCAAAAUCUGUUCUAAAUGGAUGUGCUUGGAGAAUAAUUUACAAUGUGUUAAGCAAAGUUUUGUUUAUCUGGUAGAAACGGGUAAUUUCUGACAAACCUGACGGCUGACAAACAUUCCACAUCCACGUGGAAAGUGUCGUGCUUCAAUAGACGUUCUGUUGCAUGACUGUUGUUUUUUUUACGAGCACUUUGUAUGUUUGUCACGUAUCAGUAGCUUCUUUUCCGAAUGGCUUGUCGUUGAGUAGUGCACAUUUCCCCCAAGAACCAAUUUACAAGCGCUAGAUGUUAAACUGGCUCUUUUUCAGUCUGGUACAUGCAACUUCCACGCACCUCUGUGGAUUGCACUUUGAAUGAUUCAGCGGAACCCCAAACCACCAUUGGAUGAUGAGGCUCGGAUUGAGAGAACCUGAUUGGAGGAGCCAGUUUUGUGUGAUUGGUUGAUUUUGAGCUUGGCACUGAGUGAUGUUUGCGGAGUAGUUUGUGGUGACAUACCACCUUCUGUUUGGCAGGCCUAUCACUGUGAAGGGGCACGUGUGUGUGUGUGUGUGUGUGUGUGUGUACACUUGAGGAACAUCUUUAGAGGUCUCUUCCUCGUAGCCCAGCAGGACAGGAAUGAAGCCGAAAGAGCAAUAUGCCCACCGAGUUCCAAAACACUGCAGUAUUCCCAUGUCCUGUGCACAUGUCUAGCACAGGCGGUUUGUGCAGUCGAUUUAGUUAUGUCUGAAGCAGGUUGAAGCAGCAGGGGUCUCCGUUCCCCCACAGCAGCUGUUGUCAUAGCAAAAUGCCAUGCUAAAAAAUACUAAUGUACUCAAUUACUGUACGUGGAUGUAUAUUCAUCAAAUAAAUGGGUAAAAUGUGCAAACCUUGGUCUCAUUGCCCAUUUCUUUGUGUAAUUGGAAUGGGUGUUUAGUUGGACAAUGUCCUGAAAUGUGAUAGUUACUAACUAUGGUAAACUCAGUUUCAUCCAUACAGCUGAUUUAAAGAUCCUAAAUUCUUCCCUUUUGCAAUGGAUUAAAUGUUUCAUAAUGGAAAGGCUGCAUAUAUUUCUGUGGGUGAUUUGGCCUCAAUUUUCACAUGAUAAAUGUGGUCCAAUAAGUUAAUGUUUUGAACACUACCUGAUGAUUCCACUAGGUGGCUUCAUUGCGUUUCAGUUCCCCAAGUACUCAAAUUUAACUACUCAAAUGACUAAUUUUGGUUUCCUUUAAUCAACUGUCCAUUUUCUUUGAGAAGUUCUAAUGUCUUUAAUAUGAGCAAUGCCAGGGUGAACAACUUGAUGUGUAUCAUUGGGAAUUGGAGGCCAAGU